CGAAACACUAAACGGCAACCGGCAGCGCCCGCAAAUUGCACGCAGCGCGGCUCCCGCCGUCCCUCCCCAUCCGCACACGCCCCCGGCAGCCGCGCGGCGCGAAAACGCGGGCCCGCGCGCCGCGCGCGGCGCUUUGCAGCCCACAUCGCCCGAUGGCUUUUUUCAACCGCGCGCGGCGCGUAGCCCACACCGCGCGCGGCCUCCGUCGCGGAAGACUCACGCGCGCGCGCGCCGCAGGUCAAUAAAGAUGUGCAAGGCUCCCAAGGAGGACGAGUUCCGCGGCGCCGAGUCCACCGGCUCCGCCAAGGGCAUGAUGGCCGGCGCCAACCUGUUCGGCCUCAUCAACGCCGUGCUCACGUGCGUCGUGCUCGGCAUCGUCGCGACGCGCGGCGGCGACACGAAGAAGACGACGAACAACGCCGCCGACGCGCACCUCGACACGCCGGUGUGGAUGAAGCAGGCGUUCCUCAACAGCAUGAAGGUGGACUACGGCGAGAACCCGUGCAUCGACUCGACCGGCCAGGCGCCGCUGCGCGCUGACCUCGGCGACAUCGAGUGCGAGGACGCCGGCGCGCAGUCGGCCACCGACGUGACGAAGGGCGCCGCGGGCGACUUGGACCCCGCCCUCGCGCCCAUCGUGGACUACAACGACAUGGGCAUGUGCACCGUCAACGUGCACUGGCACAUCGGCGCCGAGCACCGCAGCGAGGGCCAGUACGACGAGAACCAGUCCUUCGACCACCCGAACAAGGACACGUACGCGGGCUCGCACCGCCGCCUCGCGUCCGCCGACGGCGGCAUGAACAUCGGCCACAUGUGCAAGGCGGGCAAGGACCUAUGGGAGGCCAACGACCCCUCGGUCCGCAACACGGACGGCUCGGUCAACGAGUACGACUGGAAGUACUGCAAGGACAUGCACGUCGGCCUCACGUACGAGUUCCACUGGCCCCACUCGUCGCUCGGCGCCUGCCAGACGCCGUGGCAGUACCAGUACCACUUCCUCGACGGCGUCCUCUGCGGCGCGACGAUGGGCAAUGUCGACAUCGGCACCGCUUCCCAGCUCCUAAUGGACAAGACCCACGGCAUCGGCGUCGAGGGCCAGGUCUUCACGAUCGUCAACGGCAUGGGCGGCGAGGCCAUCCGCCCGACCUGGGACGUGCUCAACGGCUGGGACCGCCAGGCCGCCAAGGACGUCGCCUACUACCAGGGCUCGACCACGGGCGACGCCGUCCAGAGCGGCGCCAACGCCGGCGACAUGUGCCGCGGCACGGGCAACCUCGUCACGUGGCACGUGGACCGCGAGUGCCACACGCUCGAGGCGUCGACGAUGGACGAGAUGUGCCGCCGCAUGCUCGUCAUCUCCGCCGACGACAUGUCCCCCGACGUCAUCCCGCACGGCGCCCGCGACACGGUCGUCGCCUCGCUCACGGACCCCGCGGAGGACCACCCGGACUACCCGGGCACCCGCCGCCUCCGCGGCUCCAACUAGGCGCCGUCGCCACCCGCGGCCCACGGACACCUCGCACAAGGCGCGACUUCCGGCGGAGACCGCACCGCACCCCACCCCCCCCCCUCGGUGGUGUCGCCACGCCGAGGCGACAGCCGACGUGUACGGCGCUCGAUCGACUUCUCGCGACGCGGCGCGGUUUAGAUAAACUUAAUAUUAUUUAAACUUAA